AUGCUCACACCGCUACACCAGGCUGUAGGUCAGUUGUCUGAAGAUCCGAAAAAGGACACUUCGAUCGUCGAUAUGAUGCUUGCGACAGGCAAGUGUAGGCUCAUGGAAGGCGAAGAGGUAGGCUCUACUGUAUUCGCCUACGUACUGCACAGAUUUGAGCGUCGGGAAAAUGGAUUGGCCAAGGAACUAGCAUUUCGAAUGCUGGAUUCGAUAUCGGACGUCAACGGGGACCGUUCCGACGACGGUUGUACGCUCAUGCAUGCUGCGUUCAAUGAGCCUGGGCUGAUAGACAAGCUUCUGCAGAAAGGUGCUGAUAUUAAUGCCAAGGACAACUACGGUCAGACACCUUUUCUCAUGGCUUGUAGAUCGGGGCCAGGGCUACUUCAGUUUCUGGUCUCGCGAGGCGCUGAUGCAUUUGCUGUCAACACUGAUGGCUUUUCAGCACUGCAUAUCGCUGCUGCCAACGGUCGUGUAGCAACACUCGAGUACCUCCUCAACCUUGACUUUGAAGGAAAAGGCAAACUGGACAUUGAAGCCAAAACAAACCGAGGAAAUACGCCUCUUAUGAUAGCAGUGGGAGAAAAUCACGAAGAAGCAGCACUGUACCUGCUCGACCGCGGCGCAGCACCCACCGGUCACUGUUCAGACCGCAUAAAGGUAACAGCACUACACUUAGCAGCCAUCGCCAGCAUGCACCGCGUUGCAGACCGAAUCCUCGCCGCCCCAGACUCAAUCAACGAGAUCAACGUCCACGACGCCAAAGGCCGGAGCCCCCUGGCAAUCGCAUGCAAUGCGCCCUCCCCUACCAUCGUCCCCGCCCUCCUCUCCCACGGCGGUCACAUCAACGACCCCAACCCCCUAACCGGCAACACCCCCCUCCAGCUCGCCCUCCAGCGCCCGCACCACAUGGGACCCCGCGACAAACGCCACGGCGACCCAGCCCUCAUCCUGCUCCGCCACCCAGACAUCGACAUCACCCCGCGCGACUCGCACCUCCGCCACCCCCUCCACCUCGCCUCCCUCCACCACAACGUCCCCGCCACCGAGCUCCUCCUCCGCGCCAAAAACGCCUCCCCAAACUGCACAGACAAAUACGGUAAAACCCCCUUGUCCUACGCGUCCAACCCCCACAUCGCCAGCUUGCUACUCGAACACGGCGCCAAUGUCAAUCAUGCCGAGCCAAACGGGUGGACGCCUGUGCACAGGGCGAUCGAGAGGUGCUGGGUUAAUGCGUUUGGGGUGCUGGUGAGGAAUGGAGCGGAUUUGGAGGCCAGGACGGGGGACGAUGGGCUGAGUGCAAGAGAGAGGAUGGAGAGCAUGGGGGGAUACGACAGGUGGGUUAGGAGGGAGGAUGAUUUUUUGAUCGAGGACGUGAAGAUGGAGGAGAGGAGGGCAAGCGAGUUGGAAGAUUAGAGGGAUAUGGUGGUAGUUUGCUAUGUAUAUAUGUAUGGUUCUUCUUCGUGUUUCAGAAUGAAAUAGUGAUUCGGGUAGAAUGUAUUAUGAAAUUGAAAUUCUUGACGAUUCUCUGA